UGCUAGACCAUAGAAACUGUUCGAUGACAUGCAGUUGACCCUUAGAAUUAACGGCGGCCACCUGCACUUCGAACCCCUUUGGUUGUCCAACAUGCUGUGUAGUGAAGGCGAAGGAGCCUUCCCAUUGUACCCUGGGAUAACCCUCCUAAGCGUCCAAUUAACUACCUUCCGGUCAAAACUCUGCUAGUCAUCAUGCCCAACGCUUGCGUACUCCGAGACAUCAAGACCUGCAACAUCGCAAAGGUUAAUGAGGUCUUCCGCAGGGCCUACCUGUAUGUCGCGCGGGAUGAGACUCUGUCCCCGCAAGUGCAAUACCAAGCCCAGCUACGGCUGAACACAUUUGGGAAGUACACACUGUCCGACGACGGUAAAGAACCGCUGCGCAGAAUCUGGAUGUGGUCGGGAAAUUAUCCUCAAGCUGAAAUUCCCUGGCGUGCGCAAAGCUUCUUGGAAGAUGGAAGUUGCGCGUACAUAAGACUUCAUGGUCUGGUGAGCUUACCCUUGUUUAAUCAGCAAUGUAUGGAGUGCUCAUGAUGCUCGGUGCAGUAUAUACCUAGUCUCCCUAGCUAGACCUUUAUAGACGAAGGGAGAUAGUUGUUCCUACGUGUGACUUCUUUUGCAUAUAUCCAUCUGUCUAGACAUAUGUAGUUCGCAGUAUAUAUAUAUUACCGCACAAAGUCUCC